CCACAAGCCUUUGCGACUCGCUGUGGGUGACAACGACAAACGGUUUGAGCACGAUCUCAACUUGAAAUCACAAUGAGUGAAGACCUUGACUUCGCACCUACAGCUUCUAGCACAAGUGCAACGGAGGGCCGCCAAGAAAGCAUGCCAAACGUGGUCCAGGACGACGAGAGGGCUUUUCACGAGAAUAUUUCUACAAUUUCUUGUCCUUUCUUGACGAAUACUGCGGGAAAAAUUGUCUACAUUGAAUUUCUGCUAGCGAGUGACUCGUGCCUCUUUUCCAUCGAUCUCUUCACGACCGAUGACGACAGUGGAAUUGCUUUUCACAUGGAAAUACCAUCUGAUGACCAACUUGUAACCUUCAAUUCUGUGAAAGAUAACAAUUGGGGACUAACAGAAACAGCAGCUCGAUUUCCGUUUGAACAUGGAGGACAUUUCGUCGUGACAAUUGAGACAACAGCUGGAUACUAUGAGACAAAAGUGAAUGGCAAGCUUCUGUAUGCUUAUAACCAUCGAUGGCCCAUACAGUCAGUCAAACGAUUUCAGAUGAUUCAAGAGAAUUUGAAAGACGUACAAGUGUCAGUUAAUGGUUCGUGGACUAUCAAAAAUUUGACUAACGUCCGUGUCUUGAUCACAAGCAAGUGCUCCGGCCUCAACCUGCUGGUCAAGAAGGAUGCCAGAACUAUCACAACUGGGAAACAGAAAAGUGCAAAAGCUCAGUUUCAUUUUGCCCAACAAUAUGAUAUAGGCGUAUACACGCUACGAAGCAUCAGAUAUGACGACAAGUACUUAGCCAUCAUAGAGAAGGAGCUGCUCGCGGUAGAAGACGGUGAGUACAACGCUUUUUUGGUCACCGAAACAAACGAUGGCUGUUAUCGUUUUCGAUCUUACAAAAACUCGGAAUGGUACAUCGGUGUCGACGAAACAGGCAAAAUAGUUUCUCCUACAGAUGUGACUCACGAUUGUGAUACCCGAUCUCAUUUCUACAACGGUUAUAAUCGGGAACAUUCACCUCCUUUUGUUGUUGCAAGUUCAACCGACUGAAUUGAAAAUUUCGUGCUGUCGACUGAAUUUUUGAAUAUCAGUUGUUGUUUACGUUACACGUGAAUUGCUGAUACGCAGUCUUCAAA